GUAUGAGCGAGUGCGUGAAAAAACGAAUUCAGUAAUCAAGAGAAUAACCGACAACAAUAAUAAAUCAAUUAUCAACAAAUUAACCGAAGUAACAAAAACCGGGAAUAAUGAGUGACGACGAGAGUUCGAGCAGUAGUGAUGAUUAUCUUGUUGCACCUGACAAGAUCAACCUGGACAGUGAAUUUUUUUCGCAGUCAACAUCGAGAAAACCUAACCCCACGCCGGAUUGUCCAUCCUCCAGUGAUUCUGAUGACUUCGAAGAAGAAAGGAAGGAUACGUCGGUGCUGUUGGCAGAGGUCAUGAGGAACCUGGAGAAAGCCAAAAGCCGUCCAGAUAUGUUAGCUGUGCCCUCUAAGACCUCUACCCCAGGGAAGAAAUCCCAGCAGGAUCUGGCAGAUGAGGUGAAUGCCUUGCUGGCAGAUGAGAUAAAUGCCUUAGGAGGAGGAGAGAGUGGCCUUGGAGUCAGUUUAGAGACAGAUAAUGAUGACGAUGAUGAGAAGAAUGUUUCAGAAGAGUCCAAGCACACGAUCCCCAAGGACGGCAUCACCAUUACAAUUCCAGGUACAGAGAUGCUCUUCAAUCGGAGGAAGAAACGAGGGAUUGACCUGGAGGCCGAACUUGUCAAGAAGAUGAACCAGAGGUUGAGAUCCAGUCAGUUGUACAUUCAUAAGGUUGGACUGCUCUGCUGGUUAGCCCAUGGUUUCCACCUGAAUCUCCAAGCGAAUGCUCCUGAGGUCCUCUCGACAGCGAUGAGUCUAGUGCCCCAAGAGAUCUGUCCUGAUGGCCGAGUGGAUCUCAAGUACCUGGAGGGCUUCACCAAGUGGUUUAAGAGGGUAAUUAAAGUUGAAUUAAAUAAAGAGGACCAUGGGGUCACCAAGGAGAUGCUCCUAGAGAGGAUGAGGAAGAAGACAGCUCACAAUCACAGGGAACUUGUACUGAUUUACAUAGCGACACUCAGGGCUAUUGGACUGAAUUGCAGGUUGAUUGUCUCUUUGUGCCCUCCAGCCAUGAAGGUGACCAGGGAUCAGCUGUUUCAGGUUCCUGACAGGUCCAAGAACGAGGGUAAAGGGGAAAAGGCACAGAUUUUGAAGAAAGAGGGAUCAGGUGUGAAUAAAUCAGAGAAAAAAGAAGAAAACCCGAAGAGACACGGAUCAACGGAGGGCAAAGUAAAAAGCGAGGAUAAGAAACAAGUGAAAUCACUGAAAAAGGGACAGUGGAACUUGAGGAAGAAGGAUGGGUCCCAAGAGGAGAGGAAGCUCUCGCCCUCCAAGAUCAUUCCUGAGAACAGCUGUGCAGGGGAUUCCGCUGCCAAGAACGCGGCCAAGAAAAAGGCAGUUCAAGUGUUUCUCGCCAAAUUCUCGAGGGAUCCAGAUAAAAAGUCUAUCCCUGGAAUUAAACAGUUGGACGAGAAUGAUGAGGGAACAAACCAAACUCCAAUUGUGAAACGACUGCGUUCGUGGACGGGGAAUGCUACAGAGACUGAAAAAGUAGCAGCCUCAAAGGAUAUUUCUGUAAAACCUUCGUCUAAAGCUGGAAAAGCCACUUUGGAUCUCAAGAAAGUGUCUCAGAGAGUUGGGAAAAGUUCUGGGGCGACUGCCUCGGCGAAGGCUAACGUCGAACGAAGAGAGAGUGAUGAUAGCUACCUGGGGACAGACUCUGAGUCGGAAUCCGAUUCUUCUGAGCACUUCAGUCCUCCAAAGAAACGAAAGAUAGAGUCGAAGAAUUCGAAACCGGUAGAAUCAAAGAAAAAAGUCAAGACGAAAAUCAAAUCAGAGAGGGAAUCGAAUCCGAAGGCCUCUACCUCCAGGAAAUCCAGCAUUGAUCGUCGAGUGCUGUCGUCAGAUGAAGAGGAUGAAGUGAAGAAAUUCGAUGCAAGGGACACCACGUAUUUGUGGGCUGAAGUGUACGUCGAGUCUGAAGAAAGCUGGAUCAGUGUCAGUGUCCCUGAUGAGAAGAUCCACUGUGUCUCGGAAAUAUUCAAGAAGAUACCCCGACCAGUUCUCUAUAUUAUUGGAUGGAAUUCGAUGGGAACGUUGAAGGAUAUCACGAGGAGGUAUUGCCCUCACUGGCUGACGGACACCAGGAAGCAAAGGAUAGACGAGAAGUGGUGGAAGGAGAGUCUCGAAACAUGGGCUGAACGGGAAACUGCCAUUUCCAGGGCUGAGGAUGAAAUGCUUCUCCAGAAGGAGCUCGAGCAGCCCCUGCCCAAAACUCUCACCGAGUGCAAGGGACAUCCUCUCUAUGUCGUGCAAAGGCAUCUGCUGAAGUUCGAGGCACUUUAUCCACCUGACUGCGUUCCUCUGGGGCAUCUCAAAACUGGGGAUGCUAUCUACUCUCGUCACUGCGUCCACACCCUUCGCUCCAGAGAGACAUGGCACAAGGAGGCUAGAGUCGUUAAACCUGCCUCAGAGGCUUACAAAAUUGUUAAAGCCAUGCCCAAAUGGGAUAAGUUCACAGGACAAAGGAUGAAGGAUCAACCCUUGGAAUUAUUCGGACAAUGGCAAACGACUCCUUAUAUACCACCGGAAGUCAAGGAUGGUGUCAUACCACGUAAUGAAUAUGGAAAUGUUGAUCUCUUUAAACAGUGUAUGCUGCCUAAGGGUGCUGUUCAUAUCGAUCUUCCAGGAUUAAACAGAAUAGCAAAAAAGUUGCACAUCGAUUGUGCCCCAGCAUGUGUGGGAUUUAAUUUUGGGUGCAGAGGGGCUCUCCCAGCGUUCGAGGGUUUUGUCGUGGCAGAGGAGCACGAGGACACCCUCCGAGAGGCCUGGGAAGAGGAGCAAAUAGCCGCAGCCAAAAGAGCAAAGGAAAAACGAGAGAAAAGAAUCUGGGGCAACUGGAGGAAGCUCAUCCGCGGAUUGAUGAUCAAGCAACGAUUGGCAGUCAAGUAUGACCUUGGGGCUGACGAUCAUGCUGAGGAUAACGUGAGGGGUGAGUCCUCAGAACCAGCUGUCAAACGUAAGAAAAAGGGCGACAAAAAGCCGUAGAAUAGAGUGGAAAAAAAGGUGAAAUGUCUUUUAUGAAAGAAAGUGGCGGAUAAGUAUUUCUGAUUAUUCCUGAACAAUUGUGUGAUAUUUUGUACUAGUAUUGUUACCUGUUAGGAAAAAUGAACAAAUCAACAGAAAGUUGGAAUGUACUUGCAUGGAUUUUUAUCAAACACUUAUUAUGUAGCAAAACGUUGAGCGUUUGUUGUAUCUCGUUUAUAUUUAUUUAAACUUUAACAUUUAAUGUCACCGGUCGCAGUACGUCUACAUGAUGACAAAAUAUUUACCUAUUGUUCUUCGUUCUAGACAUGCUCUAUUGAAGAAUUUAAUAUUGAGCCUUACAAUUGGAUAGGUUUUCAGUCAACAGAGAAUGAUAAUAUAUUUUUCCUCAUUUACUCAACGAGUUAUAUAAUAAAUUUAUACUUUUCUUUACAGUCUGAAAAUCUAGGGUCCGGUUGUAUCAUAUUUCUCACGCUAUUCAGAUUUUUGCAAUAUUCUUGUUACAAAUAUGCAUCAAGCACAAUUUCAACGUGCAACACGUGAGAAUUUGGAAUUGAUAUUCUCAAAAGAAUUUAUGAAUUCGCGGAAUACAAAAAAUUGUAGAAAAAACAAUGAAGCACGUGUUUGAAAGAUGAUAGAACCCGACCUUAAAAGUUAUUUCAUCGGUUCAUGCUACAUCCAAAUCAAAAAAAGUACGAUAAAAAUACUUUACGUAUAUUCCCUGCAUCUAAUUGAAAUUUCCUACAUCCAGUAUAUCAAUCCAUCAGUCUAUUUCAGAGAAUAAUUCCCGUUAAUCACUCGUAUCAGUUCAAAGUCACAUCCACUCGACUCGCCUCGUAAUCUCCAUAAAAAAGAAAUAAAUCAAAUUCUUGACUAAAUCACAGAGGUGAAAAUUGCACAUAAUAACUUCCUUCCUGAAAUUAAUGGAAAUUAAGAGUGAAGUCCUUAAAAUAAAAAAAAAA